UUUUUUUUCCCCCACUUAGUCGAGUUGGUAUAUCUACCUUAACUAAUUGCUGCUAUUUCGUAUAUAUAAGUCCGUACUAUUCAUGAUCGUCAUAUAUGCGUACCUCGGCCAGCCUGCUUAAUUAGUUCACACAUCAUGUUUGUUGUGACAAUGUUGCAGCUUCUCCUCCUACUCCUCCUACUCCUCUCCAUUUCGCUUGAUGUUUCACACCUCAUUGCUGAAGCAGCAGCAGCAGCAAAGCCACCUGUGUCCUUCAGCUUCAACUUCUCUGAUCCAUCCACCUACAGCCUAGAUGACCUCCUGUUCGAAGGCGACGCGGCCAAGCCGAAAGACGGGCUGGUCGACCUCAACGCCGGCCGCAGUUGUUAUCCCUAUUGCCCCGCCGGCCGGAUGUCGUACGCUCACCCGGUGCAGCUCUACGACGACACCACCGGCGGCGAAAAGGUGGUGGUGGCCAGCUUCUCCACGAGGUUCACCUUCACAAUCAGACCCAUCGACGACGGUAUCAGAGGGGAUGGUCUGGCUUUCUUCCUGGCCAGUUACCCAUCUAAGCUGCCGGCCAACUCGUUCGGCGGCAACCUUGGACUCAUCCCUGAAGGGACGACCACCGCCUUCGGUUCGGACCGGUUCAUCGCCGUCGAGUUCGACACAUACAACAACACUUUCGACCCCAAGAGCAUCGACCACAUUGGCAUCGACAUCAACUCCGUCGUCAGUUCCUUCAACACCACAAUCUUGCCCAACUUCAGUCUGAACGGGACAAUGACAGCCCACAUCGAAUUCAACGGCACAACGCGGAUGCUGGUCGCCUCACUGUUGCUCGCUGGCCGUCCAUGGUCUGCAGCGCCUGAUUAUCAGGUGAGUUUACGACUGCCAGAUCCGAUCACAUCGUUGCUCCUGCCGCAGGUGGCCGUGGGUUUUACUGCAUCCACCGCGGAAUACAAGGAGCUCAACCGGAUAAUGUUAUGGUCAUUCAACUCAACUCUUACGCUAGUAAACCAAGAGCGAAACAAAAUAGCAGGCCUUCUUCGAGGAUUAAUAAUUGGAGGAGUUGUUGUGUUGGCUCUAGUGUUGUGGAUCUUGCUGUCUUGUUGGAAAUGGAAAAGGGUCCAAAAUUUCUUUCACAAGGGAACAGCCGGCGCCAGGAGGUUCGGGUACCGCGAUUUGGCCAUGGCGACAAAUAAUUUCUCGGACGUUCAGAAGCUCGGGGAGGGUGCAUUUGGUAAGGUCUACCGUGGGUACCUACAGGAGUUGGGCCGUGAUGUUGCUGUGAAGAAAAUUGUGAAAGAGCUCAACGUAGGACACAAGGACUUCUUCACCGAAGUCACCACCAUCAGCGAAGCCAGGCACAAGAAUCUCCUUAAGUUCUACGGUUGGUGCAUCCGGGGACAUAGCUGGAACAUCCUCCAUUUCAUGUGCGGCUGGUGUUGGAGUAUGGAGAAGGAGCUUUUCCUUGUCUACGAAUUGAUGAAUAAUGGCAAUCUCCAUGAGUACUUACACGUGAGUAAGGAAGAAGCAGUACAGUCAUGGUCUAUGAGGUACAAUAUAGCCAAGGGUAUUGGCUCAGCUCUAUCCUACCUACAUCACGACUGCAAGCCAUAUAUCCUGCACAGAGAUAUCAAGCCAAAAAAUGUACUCCUGGACAAAGAAUAUAAUGUCAAGCUUGCCGACUUUGGUUUGUCAAGGAUCGCGAAGCUUGACAAUGAUCCAACGUCGUUGCAAACAACUGUAGUAGGCACUGUGGAAGGGUGUGUAUUGACAACUUCUGUAGGACCGGUAGAUUACAUGGAUCCACAGUGCAAGAAAGAUGGCAAGGUCAAGUUCAACCCCUACUCAGACGUGUUCAGCUUCGGCCUCGUCCUGUUGGAGAUCGCGUGCAAAGACAGAUCCAGGGAGCAGAUCUGCAGCCUGUACCGAAGCAAAGGUGAUGUCGUGGAGGCUACGGACCAAAGGGUAAAGAUUGUUGGUGACUCUGAAAGGAGAGAGAUGGAGCGUGUCAUCAUCUUGGGGCUCUGGUGCUCUGCUUCUGACACUCAGCGUCGGCCUACCAUGCAGGAAGCAAUGAAACUACUUCUGGAGCCUGAUGCCACCUUGCCUGACCUUAACUUCAUCACCAACUCUGCAUCAGUCUCAUCAGUCCAUGACGCCUCCAGGGCUUCUAUUGCCAAUAGAUACGAGGAGGCACCAUAGGCUGCUCUUCUAUGUAGCUAGUAAGAAACAUUACUGCUAGUUUUGGCUUUAACAUACCAAGCUUUAAGAGAUAUUAUUAUUUUCGAACUAUGUAAUUAUUCCACAUCAAAGUUGUAUUACGAAGUUAGGCCGUGCGCAUGCGCAUGUAUUUAAUGUUGUUUGAAUUUUUAUUAUGAAUACUUCUGGGUGGGUGACUGUUUCAUAAAAUAUCUUUUUACUCUA